CUCAUCCUCAUCCACAGUCUGUGGACUUAUUUCCGUGUGGGCAGCAGGGAUGCAUUUAAAAUGCCCCCAUUUUUUGACUUAAACCAAUCCGCGUAGAAAGCCGUUCCCCGCAAAUUCUUGAAUCCGCACUAGUGUGGAUUUGACAGUUCACUGUCACACUUCCCUCUGCGAAUGUCUCGUUCAAAUAGCAAUCGAUAACCGGGCUUAUUUUAUUACUAAAGCCACCCCCACUUAAUUCUACACAGGAGAUUUUUUUCCCUCAGCGUGUGUGAGCCAAAUUCUCAAACCAAGAGACAGCACGUGCUUCUCACAAAUUAAUACCGCGCUUUUAGUUUACAUUCUGCAUCCCCUUCAUGUGCACACCGAUUUUAAGCGCAUUGUUCUUGAUAAGCGCGCAUUGGUGAGCGCAAGACACUGACUGCAGGAACAGAACGUGCUUAAGACUCCGUUUGGAACUCACACACACGAUGAGCGCGCGCGGUGAGGAAGCCGCCGGCGAAGCUUCAGGAUCGCAGGAGCAAACCGAGCCCGAGCCUGCUCCUGCCGAGCCAAAGAAGAGGGGACCGGGUAGACCCAGGAAGCCGCAACAGGAACCCACAGGAGAGCCUGUCCCCAAACGACCGAGGGGACGCCCCAAAGGAAGCAAGAACAAGGGCCCAUCCAAAGCAGUGCAGAAGAAAGCUGAGACCACAGGGGAGAAAAGACCUAGAGGAAGACCCAGGAAAUGGCCACAGCAAGUGGUCCAGGAAAAGCCCGCUCAGGAAGAAGAAGAGGAGGAGGCGGAGCAAGAAGAGGACUAAGCAACCACAGGAUUUGACCUCUACCUCAUCCAGCUGUCAGCUCUCUCCAAGGGAAAAGACUGCCUUGACCACUCAUUAUUGCCUUCCCACUUUCGUUUGAUCAUUUUCGUUUGUUUAUUUUCAUUUUUCCUCAUUGGUUUAUUUGGGUUUGGUUUCGUUUUGUGAUCAACACACACAACACCUCAGAGCGUAACCCGAAAAAAAAGACGCAAAUGCAAACAAACAUCUUGCAGAUGACAAUUGGAGUCGCAUUGCUGUUUCCACUUCCCACAAAACUGCUGUAAGCACAAAGGUGCAGGGGUUAAACACACAAUAUGUGCUGCAGUGGUUCUUUGCACCACACACAUACACACACACACACACACUCUCUCUCUCUCUCUCUCUCUCUCUCUCUCUCUCUUGUUGACUGAUUUUCCAGGCUACAUUGGUGAAGAAGAAGGUGAAACAGUCUGGUUUUGUCAUUCAGCAUGUGGUGCUUCAUGUAUCUGGGUGGAGCUUUAAAUGGACACACCCAUUCACACAAGAACCCAAGUACCGACCCACCAAAGACCAUUUUCCCUUCUCUGUCCACUUAAUUGACAGUGAGCUUUAAAAGUAUUUGCCUUAAAACUGCAAACAAAGCCUAUUAGUUACUAUAACUGAUUUUGCAAGUGGAUACCUAAAAAUGAAUAUUCUGCCAUUAUUUACCCAGCCAAAACCCCUUUGUUUCUACUGUAGAACACAAAAGAUGACAUUCUGAAGAAUUUCUAAGCAGGUCUUUUCUGUAAAAUGAAGUGAAUGGUGACCACGGUUGUUGAGAAAGUAUUUCAGCUUAAAUUUCAAUUUAUUUCACACCCAAAGCUGCCAUAUGGUUUGAAAUAGUGUACCUUUUAAAGUGCUUUUUGGAGCCCUUGGUCACCAUUCACUUUCAUAAUGUGGAAAGGAGCAACUUGAACAUUCUUCAAAACAUCUGUUUUUUGUGUUUUAAAGAAGUAAGUUAGUUUGGAGCAUGUUAAUAAUGUCAGAAUGUUUAUUUUCGGUUAAAUUAUCCCUUUACUGUCGUACCCAUGUCCCUUGUGUCCUUGGUGGUGAUUUCUUUUCCAAACUGAUAACCGUGAACAUUAAAUGUCUCGUUGGGACACUGUUUUCAGCAUUACUGCAGAACGGUCAUUCUACUGUACAUAUCUUCGCGACUUCAGCUUUGCUUAAUUAACAUACAUGUACAUAAUUGUGUUUUUAUUUUCUUGUAUGACAUAGCUUUAAGAACAUAAUUUUUUGACAAAUUCAAUGAAAGGGAAAUCUAUCAACUCAGUCAAGACCUAAACCUCAAGAAACACCCAAACCACAGGAACAAAACCACACUAUACCUCAGUACACACAGAAAUACCUGAAUCACAGUAACAGCGUCAAAUGGUAUUUGGCGAAUCCUAAUGUAUGCCAGCGCUGUCACCAAUGCAAUGUCUUCUCACAGUUUCAAAGCUACCUCUGAUUUCUUCAACCAGCAAACCAGCUCAAAAAGACACGCGCUGCUAUAGAGUUCUCAUUACAAAGCAGGAGAUGGCAGCGAGUGCCAACAUUGAAAACAAACCUUGUCGUAAGGGCAGGCGAACACUCUGCAAAAGGUUUUUUUUUUGUUUUUGUGAGAGAGUCGGGCAGGUAAUUGAAUUCUGAGGUCUGUUGGUAGUCAUAUAUAGAACUAAUCAUGCAGCUAAGGGAAAACAAGUACUGUGUUUGUUCUAGUUCAUUUUCUUUUUUUCACAUUAGCAUAUAUCUGACAUUUGUAACUAGACACUCUGUCUCUGCAGCUGGGAUGUCUGUUUUACAUUUUUAACUUGAAUAUAUAUUUUGUACUGAUUACUCAAUGGUUUCUAAGGAUCCAGUGCUUGUAUGACACUAAAUGAUAUUGUUGCGAAUUAAUUUUUCUUUUCCUUCUCUGUUUUUCUUCCUCUCCACUGUUGCUCUGAAUUUGUAGUUUUAGUUAAUAUGUGCUAUUUAGAUAUGUACCUUAAAAAAAAAACAAGAAAAAAAUGGAUAAAAAUGGACUAAUAAUCAGCUGACAAAUACCUACCUCCAGUCUUGAAAACGGAACGAUUUUUUUUUUUUGCCUAGUUUCUUUCAGUACGAAUGUACUGAAAAAGACUUUAGGACUGCACAAGAUCCUGUUUUACAAAGUUUUAAAUUACAAAUUUGCUUCAUUUUAAUUCAGCUUGGGGAGAAGACGGCUAAGAAAGUAAUUACACACACAAAUACACAUCACAUAAAAAAACAAAAGAAACUUGAAACGUUCUUUCAGGUUUGAAAAAAUAUGUUCGGGUUUUGUAUACUGCAUAUAUGAAUAUGUUUUUGAAAAUUAGUAGAUAUUGAGAUAUACUUGAUUAGCAUUUUUUUGUGUACUUUACACAAAUGUGAUUUUCUUUUCUUUUUUUCAGAUGUAUAUGUAGUGCUUAUGUAGUGAAAGAAUACACAUUUUCAGCCUGUCACCAUGAAAACCUUACGAAAAGUUAGCAUGGUAAUCUCAACUGGGCCUGAGGUAGAGCCUCAGAGGAAGCUAAUGGAACUGUUGGCAUGCCCCUUGAACUUACAAUGGCAUGUAAUGGACCGUCUUUAUAUGCGGCAGCUUGGCUUUUGCCACAAACCAACAUUGAACGUUGCUCAAACACUGUAAUGCUACUACCUAAAUGGUUACAGUUCUUGUAAAAGUGUCAGUUUUUGAAUCGGACAGCUUCUUUACUCUCCUACGAGUUCAACAGAUGAAACAGUUGCUUGCUUAAGUGGAUGGAUGGCGGGUCUCGGCUCGACCUCAGCGGUUUUAAUGCUUUUUGUGAGACAUGCGCAUAAUGGGCGCUGAGGCGCACCGCUUUCAGCCCUCCUGAAACUUGGCAUUGUGUUCAUAUACUUCCUUUGUUGGUUUGAAUGUGUAUCCACAGGAGCCACUGUUCAUGUGCUUUCAGCUCUGGGUGUCUUAAUGAAGAGGAAGUUGUAUUUUCAUGAGAACAGGUUCUAGUACAAUCGAAUACACUUUUCUACCUCCAAGAGGGCCUCCUGUUACCUCAUUUUUCAAACUUACUAUCUGCUUAAAUUCAGGUGCCUGAGUCCAGAGAGAACGGCGUAAAGUUUAAAAUUUAUAUAUAAAUAUAUAUAUUCAUAGUUUUAUUUUUGUGUGUUUUGGGGGGAUUUUUUAUAUGACUGUACCUCUCUGUCUCUCAGUCACAGGUUAGGUAAGACUGGACAAUUUGACAUGUUUUUUAAACGCUGUCUUACAUUUAUGCAAUGUUUUGUAGUUUCUGCAGCUGUGGAGAUGGAAAAAUAUCACUAGGUGGUUACUCUCGGCUUUCUUCACUUGAUAUAACUUGUUUUCUAACAAUUAUGGCUGUUUCACUUAGUAUUUUUGGCUGUUUGUGAUUUCACUUAAAAUUGCUUGCUUGUUUAAAAAAAAAGGACAAAAAAGAAAACGUAUUAGAAAAAAAUGUCCUCUUUAUACGUAUCCACCUCUUUAUUUAGCACAAUAAAAAAGGUGCCUGUGA